GUGAAGUGAUGGUGCAUAAGUGCUUGUUUAGAUAUACUACAGUUUUAUAAUAAUAUUAUAAUAAUAAAAAUGUAUUAUGGAAUUUGAGUAUAUGUGUUAGUUAGUUAAAAAAUAAUUGUGUAUAUAUAUAAAUGGCGGCUGACGAAAAAUGGUACUUUACAAAAGAACAAUUAGCAAAUACACCAAGUCGAAAAUGUGGUAUAGAUGCAGAUAAAGAAUUAAGUUAUAGACAACAAGCUGCAAAUUUCAUCCAGGACAUGGGCCAACGGCUUGUCGUUACGCAAUUGUGCAUAAAUACAGCAAUCGUUUAUAUGCACAGAUUCUACGUAUUUCACUCAUUAUCGCAAUUUCAUAGAAAUUCAAUUGCAUCGGCUGCACUUUUUUUAGCAGCCAAAGUUGAAGAACAACCAAGAAAAUUGGAACAUGUUAUUAAAGUUGCACAUAUGUGUUUACAUAGAGAUAAUAGUCCUCUUGAUGUUAGAUCUGAGGCAUAUCAAAGCGAAGCACACGAUUUAGUAUUUAAUGAGAAUGUUUUAUUACAAACAUUAGGAUUUGAUGUCGCUAUUGAUCACCCACAUACUCACGUUGUUAGAUGUUGUCAUUUAGUUAAAGCGAGCAAGGACUUAGCACAGACUUCGUACUUCAUGGCGUCAAACAGCUUACACCUGACAACAAUGUGUCUGCAAUACAAACCAACUGUAGUGGCUUGUUUCUGUAUUCAUUUAGCAUGUAAAUGGUCAAAUUGGGAGAUCCCCCAAAGUAAUGAAGGAAAAAGUUGGUUUUGGUAUGUAGAUCGGAGUGUGACGUCAGAAUUACUAGCUCAAUUGACGGCAGAAUUUCUUCAUAUUUUUGAUAAAUGCCCGUCUCGUUUAAAGAAAAAAAUAAUGAGUAUAUCUGAGAGACAGAGUCCUAGUAUGCAUCAUCCAAGUUUGCCAAAUUCGCCAUUUGACGCUGAACCACGUAAAGUACAAGCUGUAGACGAUGGUGGUCCCUCAUUUCAAUCGGCACGUCCAUAUCCAACUGAUGAAGAAAAGAAAAAACCAUCAUCAUUGUCGACAGCAGCAUCAGCGUCGGCAGCAGCACAUUCGUCGUCUUCGUCUUCUUCGUCUAAUGUACAACGGCCACCAACUGAUUAUCGUGAAUAUCGUGAUAAAAAAGAACGUGAACGUUUAGAACGUGAAAAAUUAGCAUCUAACAGUGGUGGUACUUUGUCACAAGAUUCAAAACAACAACACCAUCAUAGUCAUCAUCAUAAACAGCCGUCCUUAUCAGCACCAUUAUCAAAUGUUACAACAUCAUCAUCAUUAUCGACGACAUCUUUAUCUGGAGCGACUUCAGGAACAUCAAUGUCAGCAAAACAUUUAGCACUAGCUAAUCCAAAAGCUAAUAUUCACCAUAAUCACCAUCAUCAUCAUCAUAAUCGGCCAGAUUUUAAGUUACAAUCGUCAUCUCAAAGGCAUUCAAAUUCGUCUUCAGCUACUCGUGAUUUAUCACGUGAUGGAUCACGACAACGAAUACCUAGAGAUUAUCCACAAGCACCAAAUUAUUCACAUCAUCAACAACUUACUGCCACAAGUGGUCAUACAACGUCUAAAGAUUUAAAUUCAACAGCAAAUGAUUCAACAAAUGAUAUGAUGAUACCUCCAACAUCGGAAAUAAAUCAACAUUCAAUUGAUAAAAUUAAUAGUAGCAAUAAUAACCACAACAAUACUAAUCGUCAAGUACAACAUGAUAAACGUGCUUACGAUCCACGACAUAAAAUAAUUGAUCAUCGUAAAGAUGAACAAAAAAAUUCACAAUAUCCAAAUCCUCCUCCUCCGCCUUCUUCUUCUUCUUCUUCUACUUCUUCAUUACCUCCACCUAAAUAUCCAGAACACAUGCGUUCGAAUGAUAGACUAUCACGUAAAUUACCAGAUUCAUUGGAACAACGCAGUGAAGAAGUUAGAAAACUUAUUGAAAAACCAUUGCCAAUACCCAAACCACGUGCCGAAAUACAAAAAGAAGAAUAUAUUGCUAGUAUGUUGAAACAAUCACAUCAUCCAAAUAAAUAUAGUCAAGAUAAUAAACUAGUACAUAAUAAUUCAAAUAGAAGCAUAUAUCCUCAUGAUUUAUCAAAACAAAUUGUCAAUAAAUCAUCAUCACAAAUACAGCAGCAGCAGCAACAACAACAACAACAACAACAAAUGUUACAACAACAACAACAGCAAUUAUUACAGCAACAACAACAUUCUCACAUGGCACAAAUAUUUAAUAAAGAUAAAAAUGGUACUGCAGCAACAGCAAUAACAACAGCAGCAACAACAACAUCUGCAGGAGCAUCAACAACAACAACAUCAACAACAAAUCAAUUAAAUUUAAAUUUACCUAUUGUUGGUGAUGAUAAACGUAAACAUGAUGAACUAAACUCUCAAGUACCUUUAAUUAAACAUAAAUCAUUAUUUAGUCCAGAUAAAAUUACACCUCCACAAGAUAUACCGGCGUUAAAUCAACGUAAUAAAUUUUCAACAAAACAAAAAACACCACCAGUUUCAAAUAAAUUUAUCAAACACGAAUUAAAUCAAGACGUAUUACCGGAUAUAAAUACUCAUUCAUUAUUUUCGAUGUCACCUGAUUUACCAAAUCAACAUUUGAAUACAAAACGCAAUGACUCUGAACAGCGCCAUCACCAUCAUCAUCAUCACCAUCAACAACAGCAACAAGAAUUAGGGAAAAAAAUUAAGUCUGAAGAUAAUAUAAAUUUAGAUACUAAACCAUUACGAUUACCAGAUUUGUUGAGUUCAACUCAGUCAUCAACAGCAACAACAAAUUUGAUGUCUGAUCAUUUAAAAUUACCCGAGUUAUUAAAACCAUUUGAUACUGAUUUGCAUUCAUGUUUAUUUAAUAAUGGUUUAGAAAUGGAUAUUAAACCAUCAAUUAAAAUUGAAAAUGAUUUAAGUCCGAUGAAAUCAGCACAAGGUAUCAGUGCAUUACUACAAGAACCACUAGCACCAAUGCCGUCAUUAUUGCAAAGUAUAGCAAGUUCUGAUUUAGGUAUUUAUUCACAAAGCUCUAAUGAUUUAAGUCAAAGUCAGGAAUUAGUCACAACAAUAGUCACAACUGGAUCAACAACAACGACAACAACAUCCUCAUCAGAAUUAAAUAAGUCAUUAGCAGCAACAAACUUUUCCGAUUUACACAAUGAUGAGUCAUUUGUAUCAACUGUUGAUAUAAGUGCGUUUUCUGUAGCCCCGAUAAUUGUUUCUGAAGUGCCAAUAACUAAUGCUACUCAAAUUCCAUCAACAGCAGCAGUAACAACAUCAUCAUCAACAACAGUAACAACAGAUUCUUCAUCUGGAACAGGAUUGUUGACAAAUAAAAAAGUUGAUAAUCAUCAUAAAAGUGAGAAGAAAAAGAAGAAGGAGAAGCACAAACAUAAAGAUAAAGACAAGGAAAAAAGUAAAGAUAAACACAAACAUAAACAUAAAGAUAAGGAUAAGCAUCGUGAUAAAGAUAAAGAAAAAGACAAAGAUGGUAAAGAACGAAAAGAUGCUGUCAAUAAUGAUAAACGUGAUAGUAAUAAACAUGAGGAUAAUAACGUUAUGACAGCACCAAUUAAAAUAACGAUUCCUAAAGAUAAAUUAAAUCUUAUGGACACAACGACAAUUAACAAUGAUAAUAAAAAAAAGAGUCCACAAAAUGCUAGAUUAAAAAUUAAAAUUCCUAAAGAAAGACUUAAAAAUCCAGAAGCAUCAUCAUCAUCAUCAUCAUCGUCAUCAUCAACAAUUACACCGGUUUCACGUGAUGUACAAGCUCCAUUAAAAAUUAAAAUUCGCACCAAUGCUACAAGCUCUGCUAAUCAAGAUUGUUAUAAUAUUGAUAACAAUCGUAAACGUGAAAGAGAAAUAGACAGUGCUUCACAACCUCCAUCGAAAAAAUUUCAAUACACUAGUAGUGUUAAUCCUGCUAAUCAAUUGGUUGGACAGUUGAAUCAGCAACAGCAAUUACACCAUCAAUUGCAGCAGCAGCAGCAACAACAACAACAACAACAACAACAACAGCGAGCACCGAAUGAGAGGCAAAAUGGACGUCAUUAUAAUACAAGCAGUAAUAAUAAGGUACGUGGAGGCGGCAGAGGAAUUCUUCCUAGACAAUUAAAUACCCGUAUUCCGCCUUCUAGUCUUUUACAGCCGAAUUUACAGCGUGAUAAUUUUUUUUAUAGUAAACAAAGUAUUGAGCAUGAUAAUUUUGAUAAAAAUUUUAAGUUAAAUAAUUUUAAAAUACAAAAUAGUAGUCGUAGUAGUAGUAAUAAUAAUAGUAGUAGUAAUAAUAGCAGUAAUCAACAACAACAGCAACCGCAUCAGCAACAGCAGCUACAACAAGAUAACCCGUAUUUUUUUACUAAUUAUCCUCCACCACCGAUUUUUAAUAAUCAACAAUACUAUUGCGAUCCAAAUUUAUAUUAUCAAUACUCGCAGCAAUUUAAUUUAUACCCGCAACAGCCUAAUAUUUCAAAUGUUAUUGUUACCGAGAGUGGGACUAUUGAUACCUCGGUUCCACCACCAAAUUUAGUUAAUACGGGAGUCAAUAAUAAUUUCAGUAAUAAUACGGGUAACAGUAAUAAAAUUUUCCCAAUGGAAAAUCAAACGACUCAACAACCACAGCAACGACACCAACAGUUCGGUAAUGUUGAAUUAGGAAACUUACCAGCUUUACCUCCACUUCCUAAUGAACCACCUCCGGGAUCUUUUCCUCCCCCACCACCUCCGCCAGAUAUUUCACCUCCUCCCCCACCACCACCUCUAUCAGAAUAGAUUUUUAUUUUAUGAUUUAAAGUUUUUUUAUUACAAAAUUUAUAGAUUUUUUUUUAUUAUUAGAAUUCGGUAGUUUCAUUGAUUCACUUUUAUUUGCGUUAUUUCUCACAAUAAAUCGAUUUAUUUCAUAUCAAAAUAGAUAUACUAUUUAUAAAUUAAACUAUUAUUUUUAAAUUGUUUAUAAAGUAGUUGCUGUUAUUGAUUUAAAAUUUAUUUUAUUAGUAUUAUUUUUUUUAAUUUUAUUAAUAUCAGAUUAAAGUGUACAAAAUAUACACUAGACUUUUGCUUUAAAGUAAAAAUAAUUUUCAAAUAAGAAAAAAUAUAUAUACAAGUAUUUGAUAAAGAAUAUAUAUAUAAAGCAAAUAAAGUUUCUAGUAAAUUUAUAAUUUUUUGCCAUCGAUUGUACAUUAGCAUAAAUCUUUGUUUCACAAUCAUGUUCGUAAGUAGCGCAGUCGCUCUUGAUCGAGACUCUUUUGUGCCAAAGGGCUCGGGUUCGAUCCCAUCCACAGUUAAUGGCGUUUAAAAAACACUUAUUAUUUUAUAUCAAUUUGCAAGCCGAUAGAUUUAUACUAUAUUAUAUUUAUGUACAUUGUUUCUUAUAGUAUCUAUUGUAAAUUACCGCCAAGUCUUGCCGGCACUUUUUUUUUAUUUCUUAAUACAUAUUAUUAUAUAAGUAUGUAGUUGUUGAUAGAAAUUUUCAUAAAUGUUUUUUUUUCUUUUAUUUGUAUUAGAGAUUCUCUAUUAUAUUUAUCUUUAAAAUUUGUUAUGUUUUUUAUUUUUCUUUCAAUGGCUCAAGUACUGUUAAGAUUUAUAUGAAUAAGAAAAAAAAAACUAUAAAAUCA